CAUAAAUUUUACAACUUCAAGCAACAGUAUUAAUACAUGGGGCUAUUAUAGCAAGAGAAUAAUGGCAACAAUUAUAAAAAUGAUGUUUUAUCCUAUAUUUAUUGGAGCACUUGUCAUCAACGUUAUGUCUAUAUAUAAUCCUAUGUUAACAUACACUCUGCGUUUUAAAAGACUGGAAGUACAUCCUAACUUCACUGUUGAGUCUUAUACGAUCGAUCGAUACAAAGAAGGAGAAUUUAUAAAUGGCCAAAUUACAAUCAAUUCGAAAAAACAAAUUGACAAAGCAGUAGUGGUAUUUUAUCGUUGUGACCAAGAUGGUAUUAACUGUGAAUACUUCCAAAUGUGGACAUUAACAGGCCUUUGCACUAAAUUAAAGGAAAAGAAUCAAAUAUGGUCCCGAUGGUACAAUUCGUUUGAUCCACCUAUGGUUUGUCCAUUAGAUAAAGGGACUUAUCGAAUAAAAAAUGCAACUGUUGAUAUUGGCCCAGCACUACUGUUGUAUCCUCAAGUAACCGAUUACCAAUGGAGAGUAGUUCAAAAGUUCUACUCUGAUGAUAUAUUUAUCGGUAGUUACAUGAUGGAACUUUAUUUAUUUGGCUACAGAAAAAAAAUGAAGUCCAUUUUAUAACUAUAACAAUUUAUAAUAAGUUAUUUAUUAAAAUUUAACUACAAUAAUAAAUAUAAACAAAUUCGUAGUAGGUAUUCA